AUGCGCACCACCUCAGGCGCAUCCUCGAGCGCCUCCGGGUCAGGUCGACUCAAGGCUGAUCUCACAAGAAUCGUCCGUCAAGUUCACAAGACGGCGUCCGACCACAACAUCGGCAGCGAUUCAGGCGUCUCGUUCUCCGGCGAGGCUUCCUCCUCUUCACAAAAGGCGCGCCAAGGCACAGGAAGCUCGAUUGCCAGCACCAUCACGCCCGAAUCGGCUCCGGACCGCGCAUCCACCGUCACGGAUGACAGAUCCACCAAAAACGCUCCCACGCUUUCCACGGGUCUUCCGAUGCUGCCUCAGCUCGGCGCGGACGACUCCGACGUGGUCGACUCGCCUGCGCAAUUGAGACCCAGCGAGGCCUUCUUCCCAUCAGCACCAGAGUCGUCCUCUCGCUCCUCCUUUUCACUUUCUCCCUCCUCUUCCCAAGACUUCGAGCUCAACGAUCUGUGGGACGCCCUGUCAAGGCAACUCAAGCCGAUCGCCGAUGUGUUGCGCACAGGUCGACAUCGCGAAGAUCUCGGCGCCUCGAGGUUGCCUGCCGAUUGCGUCUCGGCGCUACAGCUCUGGCUCUGUACCGACUCGGCCACAUCGAAGCAGCAACCUAACAAUCACGUCCUCGAAGCUGCCAUCGAGAUCUUCCGCGUGCUGGCCAACCUUUGCAUCGAUCACGACGCCAACCGCACGGUGCUCGAUGCUGCCAAGGCCGCACCCACCAUUCUGGCCGCCGUGUCGGCUAUCUUGCGCAAGCAAGACCAGUCCAGAUCAUCGGCGCUCUUUUCCGUCAAGAUCCUCACCUUCCUCCGUGCUGCCAUGGGUGCUGUCCUCAAUAUGCAGCUCGAGCACAUCGCUACCCGCCUGUCGCUGGCUACCGUCGACUGCAUCACCACCCUCGCCUCCGUCGCUUCAUGUCCACGCAUCUACCUGCCGCAUCUUUGGGCCAUGCCACGCUCUGUCGAGAUCGAGAACGAUGCCGAUGCCCUGAACAAGCUCAAGAUGGGAGCCACCGUGACCAGCUGGGCGUGGCGUAUCAUCCAGGAGAUCUUCGACGACGCAAAAGAGGAAAAGGAAGGUCAGCCGGAUACUCCCUCGGACGAGAUGCACGAUGGCGACCUAGACGAUGCCUCAUCACGUGACGUGCGUUCUAUCCUUGCGCGACGAUGCUUCACAGACCUGCUGCGACCACUGUCGCUGUACGUAGCUUCAGAGGGACAGACAACGGGUCACCGCAUCGAGAUCGACGCAGAUGACGUAGAGGACUUGGUCGACUCGGACGCCGAGAUCAUGCAGGCGGUGGCUACCCUCAUCGAGUCGUGUGCCGCCGAGGAGGCAGAUUUCCGUCAGCGCGCUGUUGCCCGCUUCGUCGCCCAACAAGACCGAUCCGGGCACGGUCAGCUCGAGAAUCAGUUUCAAUCCGGCCUCGACGUCCUCAUGUCGUUUGUCGAAACAGUCGAGCUGCCUCGCGAAUGGGUCAGAGACUUUUCGGCGCUCGACGGCUCGACCCAGACCAGCAGCAAUGCCGACGAGGAUGCACAAGCGGCGGAAGAGAUGCGCAAAGCUUUCGCACAGGCCAAGGCCUUGGUGGCGGGUGCUGUGGUGACCAUCUCGGGUGAUGACGACAACAUGGUGGAGCUCUUCAGCGGCCCGCUCCACUUCAUCGACCGCCUCAAGGCGUGGGCUCGGUAUGAUCCCAAGAAGCGCGAUGAUCUGGUUAGCUGCGGUAUGCUUGCACUUGGGAAUCUGGCAAGAAGCGACGCGCACUGCCUCAGCUUGGUGCAGGAACACGGCCUUGCGCCUUUCUUGGCUUCGCUUCUGGCACAGGCGGACGACAUCAAGGUGGCACAUGGCCUGGUUUCGCUGCUCAAGAAUCUGUCCAUCCCAGCGCCCAACAAGGCGGUCAUCGGUCAAUUGGACGUGAUCGACGCCGUGACUCGUUUCAUGAACAAGGACAAGGACAUGGUGCAACCGCUCCAAUUUGCCACGGUGGGUCUGCUCAAGCAUCUCUGCGCAGGCGUUACCGAGAAUGCAGUGCGACUCGUCGAUGAUGCGUCCAGCAGCAGUUCCUCAUCGUCGGCACUCAAUGCGCUCAUCGACAUGAUCCGACGUAUCGACGACAUGCCCACCAAGAUGGAAGCGACCCGUGUCCUGGUCAAUGUGGUCAAGAGCCUUUGGACGAGCGCACGAAGCAGCGGAUCGCAGGCAUCAUCGGAGCAAGCCAACCUCGCAGCUCGCCAGAAGGUGGUGCGAAGGGAUGUGAUUCAGGCUAUCGCCGAGAUGGUGCGAACCAGCCCCAAAUACCCAGUGCUGGUCAACGAAGGCAUCAUUGCUCUUACAUUGGUAGGAAGCGAGAGGAUGGGUGCAGAGCUCGUGAGCCUCUCGCUCCUUUCCGAGCCCACCAAAGCAGUGGCAGAGGACGACGAGAACGAAGAGAUGGGAUCGGACAACGAGACCGGAGCUGCCGUAACACGACGACGAUCCACGGUCGACAGCUCGGCAUCCACAUCAUCGCAUCCGCUGCCGCCGCCGGACUGCGCGCUGGACAUGGUCAACCUCGUCCUCGCCAGGAGGGACGCACGCAUGCCUCCGCAAUUCGCUUGCAAUGCGUGUGCACUCGUGCUCAGCCUCUGUCAUGCGAAUCAAGGUGCGAGCAGCACAGGAGCGGUGGGGCAGGAUGCGGUCGCUCGUGUCGCCGCAAAGACGCGACCGGCACUGCAGCAGUUGAAGGAGCAUGGACCGACCGAGGCGCUUGCUGCUGCGGCAGAUGCCCUCGAGGCUGUCAGCCAGGCUGCCAACAUCUAA